AUGUGUAUAUCUUUGUUGUACUUAGUAACACAAGUAUUAACCGAUGACAUAAACGUUCUUAUUUUCAAAGAAUUAUUUCCUGAAUAUAAAGUGGUUGACAAGGCGAGUUAUGAUGAUGGAACUAUAUUAUUACGUGUCACGAGACCUAAUAGUAAUUUAAUGGGUUGUAAUUCUCAAGGAAUAAAUUUAAGAUUGAUUCAUCCGAAUGGAACAAUUUCUUCUAUUAACUUGAACGUAUCAAUACCUGAUCUAAAUUAUUGUUCGAUAACUGGAAACGCGUUCACUAAGAAACCUGUAAUCAAUAAUUCAAGUACUUCAACAUUGAGUACAUUAGAUACCACUAAUAAAACUUCAGAUGCCAUAAGGAUUUAUGCAAUAAUAGAUCGAUACAUAUUUGUAACUUAUUUCUGUAAGUUGCCUGACUCUUUUGAUAUUUGUGGUCUCGUGUUGACCUGGGAUUCUCGUAUUCUUAGUAACAUGAAUUUUGGGGAUAUGUGUACAGACAGUGAAUUUGUUCAGAAUAUAAAUACAAUAGAUGGUGAUUUUUUACGAGUAUGCUAUAUCUCUGACGCUCAAAAGAUUUUAAAAGAUUCUAUUAUUGAUAUUUUUAAUGCGGAUUGGUUCCAUAGCGAUGUGACCACGGGUACAAUUAAUGUUAUUUCAAAUGGAAUAUUGAAUAACAUCUCUCGUUUUAAUCGUGACAUCUCUAAAAUUUUUCCAACUGAAGACGGGGGAUACGGUAUAAUCUUCGCCAGAUAUAAUGAUUUUGCCUCUUCAAGCUUCAACUCUCCAGUGAUAAUACAUGUUAUUUUCAUCCCGGCUCAAGGAACGGAUACAAAAGGGCCAUUUCAGAUAUAUACAAGAUCAAUUGAUAUUAUGUUAACCAUCAGAAUAGUUAGUUGUCACAUUUCCUAUGUUUCUCUUGGAUAUAGCUGCUUGAUAUAUAUAAAUCAAGCUUCAAAUCUUAUUCUUGUUGAUAUAGACUUUUUGUCUUCUGGAUCAGUAAUGAACACUCAAGAAUUUAUCAUUAAUCCAAUCAUAUCGGAUGUAUGGAGUGCACUACCUUUGUAUUAUGGUGGAAAUUGCAUAAUAGCUACAAAUACCACAGAUGGAUCUGUUACUGGCGUCGUAUAUAGUGAUGAUGGUAAGCUUCACGGUCCGUGGGGGUUACCGAAAAAUUAUUUUUAUACUUAUUCUGUCGGCGUAUUUCCUAACAAUACGGUGUGGGCGAUUGCUACAAAUUCCGAUGGAUGGUCGGUGGUUUCUUCUUCUAAUUUAACAACAUAUAGCACAAUUCAGGGAGGUUCUGUCGGUCUUGCUAGUUAUAGAAAUGCAUUGGUUCAAAAAACUUUUCCUGUAAUAAAUUCAAAAAUAUCUCCCAUAAAUAUCACAACAGUUACUAUAACAUUUCUUAAUGAUGUUAAAAUGUCAGAUGGGAACAUUAGCAUAUGGGAAUUCGGAGGAUCUUUCAGUAUUCUUCGUCAAUCGUUCUCUGGAAAUCAAUCGCAAUAUGUUCAAUUAUUUAGUAACAAAACUGUAGUUGCUACGGUGUUGUCUAGUACAUUUAACAGAGAGAAUUCUACAUAUUAUAUUACGAUUGACAAUGGAUUCGUUAAAGAUGCUAAAGUUGAUCAACAACUUUUGGGUAUAAAGCCAACAUUAUGGAAUUUUACCUCAGAUUACGCUAGUGCCAUAAUUCGAUUUACUCCGGAAGGAUCAACUUUUUACGAAAAUCUCUCAUCACAAGAUCAAUCCAAAUUUUCUAUAGAGUUUUCUAGGCAAUUAGCGAGCAUAAUCCCAUGUGAUCCGGAAAGAAUAUCGACAACUAAAAAAUAUCAAUACGAUAGAAGUGUUUCAAUAGGUCAAAUCUUAUUUCGCGUAUAUAUUGGUAGACCUACAAGUUCAUCUGAAGCCAGUUCUGCUAAAAUAAUACAAGAUAUGGAUACUUUGAUUAGAAAUAAAGCCGUCACACAGAUUUCAAAAGAGUCGAAUACUUUUUAUUUAGACUCUUCCUUUGGAAGUUUCAGGGCUCGAGAACAAUCUAUAAAUAAUGAUUUUGCUAAAUGGUGGCAACAAUAUUCAAAAACUGCAUUAGUAUUUAUAUUAAUCUCUGGAUUAGAUUCAGAUAUCUUAAAUUUUAUGGCAUCAAAAGUUGCUGGAAUUACGGCAUUUAGUGCACCUUUCCUAUGGAAAACAAGAAAAAUUGUUUGUUUUUGGAAUUUGUUUAUUUUGAUUAUUGAAGAUAUAUCACAAUUUAUAAUUUUG